GUCACGUGACUUAGCUUUUUGCUGUUGCGGACCAUGAUGUGGACUGAACAUGAUGAAAUUCAAUGAAAUUCCUUCUGCUAGGAUGCAAAUAACAGGCUCACUUCUUCAAAGGGCAUUCAAUCUUAUGUGAAAAAAUUAGUAAAGUUGGCUGUGUCUUGUAACUGUGUUAAAGCAGCUUAUAACCUUUUAAUUAAUUAGCUAAGUUACUUAACACCAAGGAGCAAAGAGAAGUUUUCUAAAAGAUGAGGCCUAGACAGAGAGGAUUCGAUCUUGGCUUGCUAUUGCUGGCCUCUCAGCUCUUACAUGUGGGUUUUGACAACAUACCCCCUGUGACCCUGGGUGUUUUAGGACUGAAUGUUUAUCUUUAUUUGUUUCCUGCAUCUCCAUUGAUGAAGGCCUGUGUAAGUGUAGAUCAGGCCUACUGGCUCAAAGACUGGCGGCGUUUGUUGCUGUCCCCAUUGCACCAUGCAGACGAUAUGCACCUGUACUUCAACAUGGCAUCACUGGUGUGGAAAGGGAAGAGGCUGGAGAGACGUCUCGGUGGACCAUUUUUCCUGUAUGUGCUGUCAGUGUUCUCUGUACUUACUGGACUGGUCUACCUGAUAUUGCAGGCUGCACUAACAGAGCUCACUCAGGACUAUUCCUUCAGCAUGCAAUGUGCGGUUGGCUUCUCUGGGGUCCUGUUUGGUCUAAAGGUUCUUGUUAACCAUUAUUUUCCUGGGGGUGUGUCCUAUGUGAUGGGUAUCCCUAUAUCAAAUCGAUAUGCUAGUUGGGCAGAAUUAGUGCUGAUCCACAUAACAUCCCCUGGAACAUCUUUUAUUGGUCACUUGUCAGGUAUCCUAGUUGGACUGCUGUACACUUGUGGACCUUUGAAGACCAUUAUGAAGAAAUGUGCAGAUAUUUUGACUGCUAACUUCAGGCCAAGGACACAUUUCAGUUCCUCUGGCUACAGUGGCACAACAUAUAGUUCCCCAAAUGGCACAACACAUAACAAUGCAGAUUAUACAAGGGGGCUGACAGAGGAGGAGCAGUUAGAUAGAGCUAUCAGAAACAGUCUUAAUGAAAAUGAACAAGCUCAACAUAGACCGGCACCUCCUUCUUAUGGCUUCCAACUCUCACAGGAGGAAAUGAGGCAGCAGAGACUGAGGAGAUUUCAACACUAAACGUAAAAACUAAAAAAACUCAUCUGUUGUUUACCAAAAAGAUUGUCAGUAUGCCUUUCAGAAAUUUGUCAUUGUCAUAGUUUGUCAGUAUCGAAUUGAUGCCAAAGUAGCUACAUAAGAUUUGUUUGACUAAUUUACAAUAGUCAGAUUAUCACUGUGUAUUUUUUAAAAUUUGUUCAGCUUGAAGUCAAAAGUCCAAAUGCCCUUUGUUAGAUUCCUGUCCUGUACAUGUGCACGUUUCAUAGGAGAAUUGCAUAAUAGGCCCAAGCGUAAUGCCUUGCAGCAAUAUGUGAACUGGGACAGCCAAAAUUGCAGCCUAAAUCACUGAACCAUUACGCCCCCUAUCCCCAACAAAUACAUUUGAACUGCAUACCAGGUGACUGCAUCAUUUUGGAUGUGGUUGAAAAAUGGUUUGUUGUGUCUAUUUUUAAAAGUACAUUGAUAUUAAUGCAGGCCAACAAACAGUCACGUCGAUGUUCUUUUCACAUGUGUAAUUUUAAUUUAAUUUUUUAUUUUUACCACUUUGUCUAUUGUGAUACUUGAAUUUCAAUCAAAUUUGUGCUAUUUAUUAAAUGUAAAUACCCGAGGCAGUUCAUAUUCAUUCAUUGGUGUUUAUAGAAUAUUGUCUUAAACCAUUUCGGUCAUCCAUGAUAUCGGUGGCUUUGUUUGCAGCUUUUAAUCUUAGUCAUGCAGAUACUAUACUUUUAAAUGUGUUGUGUGAGUGUAUGUUUGUAACCAACCAAAGUUACCAAUGGUGCCGUUAAUCAAAAUGUAUUUUUGUUCAAAUGUUUUUGACAAAUUGUUAAUAAAUUUUACAUUUUUUACUACGCUG